CUCCUGUCCUGUGCUCUGGUCCUUCAUCCCAGGGCCCAGGUAGGGACCAUGUCCCCUGCCAUUGCGCUGGCGUUCCUGCCACUGGUGGUGACGUUGCUGGUGAGGUACCGGCACUACUUCCGGCUACUGGUGCGCGCGGUCUUACUGCGGAGCCUCCGAGACUGCCUGUCGGGGCUGCGGCUGGAGGAGCGAGCCUUCAGCUACGUGCUCACCCAUGCCUUGCCCGGGGAUCCCGGUCACAUCCUUGCCACCCUGGACCACUGGAGCAGCCGCUGCGAGUACCUGAGCCACAUGGGGCCUGUCAAAGGCCAGAUCCUGAUGCGGCUGGUGGAGGAGAAGGCCCCCACUUGGGUGCUGGAGCUGGGCACCCACUGUGGAUACUCCACCCUGCUAAUUGCCCGUGCCCUGCCCCCUGGAGGUCGCCUUCUCACCGUGGAGCGGGACCCACGCACAGCAGCAGUGGCUGAAAAACUCAUCCGCCUGGCUGGCUUCGAUGAGCGCACGGUGGAGCUCAUCGUGGGCAGCUCAGAAGAGGUGAUCCCGCGCCUACGAUCCCAGCACCAGCUGAGCCGGGCAGACCUGGUGCUCCUGGCACACCGGCCCCGGUGUUACCUGCGGGACUUGCAGCUGCUGGAGGCCCAUGCCUUGCUGCCAGCUGGUGCCACUGUGUUGGCUGACCAUGUGCUCUUCCCUGGUGCACCCCGCUUCCUGCAGUAUGCCAAGAGCUGUGGCCGCUACCGCUGCCGCCUCCACCACACUGGUCUCCCAGACUUCCCAGCCAUCAAGGACGGCAUAGCCCAGCUCACCUACACCGGACCUGGCUGA